ACAAACUGCGACGUGGCCGGCUUCUUCUGCCCGGGAGUGGACGUCACUUCCGCCGAAUCCCUGACCUGCUGCUAGGAUCGCGACGGGAACGGGAGCCCGAGGUCCCCGCGCGGACCGGGCCUGGCGCCCCGAGGGGAAGAGCAGCCCGGCCCGAGGGCGCUGGGGUGGAGACAUUGACUCCGGUCCCUUCCCUAGCCAUGACGGACGGGAUCCUAGGGAAGGCAGCCACAAUGGAGAUCCCCAUCCAUGGGAAUGGCGAAGCUGGGCAGCUUCCCGAAGAUGAUGGUCUGGAGCAGGACCUCCAGCAGGUGAUGGUGUCAGGACCCAACCUCAAUGAAACCAGCGUUGUGUCUGGUGGCUAUGGGGGCUCUGGUGAUGGACUCAUCCCCACAGGGUCUGGCCGCCAUCCAUCUCACAGUGCCACUCCUGCUAGCCCUGGAGAUGAGGUGGCUCGGGGCAUCGCUGGAGAGAAGUUUGACAUCGUCAAGAAAUGGGGCAUCAACACAUAUAAGUGCACAAAGCAGCUGUUAUCUGAGCGAUUUGGCCGAGGCUCUCGGACUGUGGACCUGGAGCUAGAGCUGCAGAUUGAGUUGCUGCGUGAGACGAAGCGCAAGUAUGAGAGUGUCCUGCAGCUGGGCCGGGCACUGACAGCCCACCUCUACAGCCUGCUGCAGACCCAGCAUGCACUAGGUGACGCCUUUGCUGACCUCAGCCAGAAGUCCCCAGAGCUUCAGGAGGAAUUUGGCUACAAUGCAGAGACACAGAAGCUGCUGUGCAAGAAUGGAGAGACACUGCUAGGGGCUGUGAACUUCUUUGUCUCUAGCAUCAACACAUUGGUCACCAAGACCAUGGAAGACACACUCAUGACUGUCAAACAGUAUGAGGCUGCCAGGCUGGAAUAUGAUGCCUACCGUACAGACUUAGAGGAGCUGAGCCUAGGCCCUCGGGAUGCAGGGACGCGUGGUCGACUUGAGAGUGCCCAGGCCACUUUCCAGGCCCAUCGGGACAAAUAUGAGAAGCUGCGGGGAGAUGUGGCCAUCAAGCUCAAGUUCCUGGAAGAAAACAAGAUCAAGGUGAUGCACAAGCAGCUGCUGCUCUUCCACAAUGCUGUGUCCGCCUACUUUGCUGGGAACCAGAAACAACUGGAGCAGACCCUGCAGCAGUUCAACAUCAAGCUGAGGCCUCCAGGAGCUGAGAAGCCCUCCUGGCUAGAGGAGCAGUGAGCCGCUCCCAGACCAACCUGGCUGUCAUAAAGACACUGGGAGGGGCAGUCCCAGGGUGGGGGAGAUCGGACAUGGGAUAUCCCUUGCCACCUGCCCUCAGGCGUGGGCUCCUUUCCCCUUGCUGGGGCCUGACACCAGUUUUGCCCACAUUGCUGUGGGUAGGGAUGGGGCCUGCAGGCCUAGCAGUUGCUGCCCUGUCCCUUAUCUUCCUGGCCACUGGGCUUUGUUCCCAGAUCUUUUCCUUCCACUCCACAGCCAAAGGCUAUGACAAAACCACUCCCUGGCCAAUGGUAUUGCUCAGGCCUAUCCCCAGCUCCUGGGGUGUGCCCCCGACCAAUGGCAGAGCCUCAAAAGGCCCUGUCAGCCAAAGGCAGCUCUUCUUGGGCUCCCCUGGGCCAAUGAUGUUGCCUCCAGUACCCUUUGUCCCUCCUCUAUGCGUGCCCAUUGCAGAGAAAGGGACUGGGACCAAAGGGGUGGGAAUAAUGGGGAGCCCCAUUUCUGGCCCUGCAUCAGAAUGGGCAUCCCCUCACCUAUCCACCCAGUUUAAUUGUGCUUAGAGCCCUGGAAGAUUGGGACCUAGCACUAGGAAUAAACCUUUCAUAAAAGCAGGCCCAGUGAGGUCAAUUUGUGGGGGACUCUAGGAGGGUGGGCUGGGUAGAGGAAUGCUCAGUCUAAUACACCAAAACCCUAUCAAGUCAGAAGAGCUGGGGACAGACAACUGAAGUCAGAGGUUUCCAGAACAGUCUGAGGACCCACUCUCCUCCUCCAGACCCAGGUUGAGCAAAAGCUUCAUUUGCCCUUUAGGCCAGCACCAAGAUAGCUAAGGAUCUCAAGAACACAGGGCCCAAGGUGGGUUGGGCCCGCUGGCCAUUAUGCAUUCAUUGAUACAGCAAAUAUUUACUGAGAGCUUUUACUUGCCUGGCACUGCCCUAGCCCCUGGGGAAACAUCAGUGAAUAAAGCACAGUCCCUUCCCACAGUGCUUAUGGUCUAGUGAGGAAUAGACAAGUAAGUAACCAGGCAACUACAAUACGGUGAUAAGUACUAGGAUACAGAAGUUCAGGGAGCUAUGGGAGCACAGAGGAGGGGCAUCUCUCCUAGACUGGAGUGGAGAUGGGCAUGUCAACUUGAAAGCUGAGAGAAAGGGUAUUCAGACAGCCAGAAAGAGUAAAGAGCAUCGUAGGCUGAGAGGCCAAUAUGUGAAGGCCCUGAGUAGGAAUCUGGAGGAAUUAAUGGAGUUUCACCGGGAGGAAAGAUGAAGGGGAGUGGCUAGAGGAAGACUACAGAGGUAAGGUAGUAAGAGCUCAGGCUAGGCCUGCCUCUUCCGGCCGAUUAAGGACUUCUGCCCUUUGGAGAAGAGGAGCCAUGAGGCCUUUUUGGCAGAAGUCUAGGGUCUAGGAAAGUAGUCCUGGUGAAGCUUAAACUAGUGUAACACACCCCGGUUCCCUCAUAGCCGGUAGUCUAGUAGCUCUGGUCCAGUCUCCAAAGCAAGCGUGAGUCCUGUCUGAGGCGCAUCACAGCGCUGGAACACCUGUGCCGGGGGCCUGAACUCAGGUGGAUGAGAGGUUGAGGCAGUUUCCAGGGACCCUGUUGAGCCCAAAAUCUGAACCUUGUCUGAGGCAGGAAAGCUCUCCAGCAGCACUGUAAUUGGGCCGGAGCUCAGGUGCCAUCACCUCUGCUCCUUGGCUAAGGAGAGCCCCAGGAUGUUUCAACACUCCCCUACUUGCGAGGACUGGAGGAGGGGACACCCCCAGCAGAUGCUCCCAGCACUGAGAUCCAGGUGCAGCCCGACUUCGCCCUUUGUCACAGAUACUGCAGCUCCCAGGCAGGCUUCCUGGGCUUUGGUCAGCCUGCAAUCACCUGACUGCAGCUUGAUUAUUAGGAGAGGGGUGACCCCCACUUUGUGAAACACUGGGUGACUGGAGGCAGGACCUUAACACAGAGCUCAAACAAACGCUGGCUACACCACUUUCUAGCUGAGUGAUCAGGGUUAACUUCUAGGGAGCGGGCCCUCAGUUUCUUACAUUGUAUAACACGGCUAAUAAAAGAAGCUACCUAUUAACAAUAUGAGUAUUAAAGGAGAUAAUAUAUGUAAA